AUGGGCAACGUGGGAAGCCGGAUUGACGAUUCGGGAUCACUGUUCUUCAAGGAUCAGAACAAAUUUACCAUCUCGAACAUCACGAUUACAAAUGCUCGCCGCCGGGUGCUCUUGAACGUAGCGCCAAACUCAUUUCCCGCCACAAGAUACAUCGCCAAACGGGACGCUGGCGACGACAGGCCGGUCGAGUAUGUCCAGGACCCGGACCCCCCCGCAUCGGCACCCGUGCCUUCCUUCCUCCUGCGGCUGAAUAAUGAGGACGAGCUAUGGUUUAAUUUCACUUUUAUUGUCAGACAGACACAGACCGGCAAUGUGCUUAAUUCGACUGUCAAUGGCGUGUCGACGUCUUUGCCUGAAACCAUCGACACCACGCUGACGGGGCUUACUUUUGCACAUGCAUCCAAUGUCAAAGAACUGGAUAACUUGAUCACGAGGGAGUUCCAUGCAAAUCCGAAUUUGCAGAAUAAUUCGAAUGUACAGCUGAUCGGCGACUACUCAACAAAGGGAAGCCCAUCCAUCCAGUUUGAAUGGUCGUGGAAAUGGAAGCCGCCCAAGGCGGCAGAGGACAGAGGCGGUGGUUGGCGAAACAGCUGCAGUUUCCUCGAUUACGACCAGAGAGCAAAUCGUCUAAAUACUCUGAUCAACGUAUCUUUUUGGGUUCAUAACGCGCUGCGACCUCUUCCAAGUCCCCAGAUGUCCCCACAAAACUUGGAUGUGGGUGUUUCUGCCCGCAACCGUAUACCCUCCUCGCAGUCCGUCCUGUCCCAUUCCAGCGAUGCAGAAGGACCUGCAGGCUCCGCUGUUCGUCCCUCCAGUCCACCAGAGGGGACGGACAACGCGCCUCCACCGGCCACCGCCCCUCCAGUACCCGUGAAAGUCGACCUCCCCUAUCGGCAAGGCGAAGAUAUGAGUGCAGUAGAAGACGGGCCCCUUUUCCGUGCCACAAUGAAGGCGCUUGAGCAGAAGACUGGUAGCAUGCGUAUCAAGAUCAAAAAGGUACUCAAGAAGGCCGAGGCCGCCCAUCAAGCGCAAACGGCCUACAAUGACGCCGUCUCAGCGUUCAUCUCGGCUUUGGAAGAUGCCUCGUCAUCCAACGCCAACGCUAUUCAGCCUGCCAUGGAGCACUAUUUUGAGAAGAUUGCUCGCCAGAUCCUCAAUUAUGAACAACAAAAUGCGCACCACCUCCAGAAACUUAUCAUCGACCCCUUAUACAAACUUUACAACAAUGAUAUCAAGCAGGCGGAAGCAAAGAAGAAAGACUUUGAAGAGGAGAGCAGAGAUUACUAUGCAUAUGUCGGCCGAUAUCUCGGGCAACGCCAGGAUUCUUUGAAGGAGAAAAAGCGCGCCGAGAGUGAUUCCAAGUAUCAGGCAAAACGGCGCAACUUCGAGCUCAAACGGUUCGAUUACUCGUCCUUCAUGCAGGAUCUGCAUGGCGGAAGGAAAGAGCAGGAGGUGCUCUCUCAUCUCACCAAGUAUGCCGAGAAACAGACGAGGGAUUUUCUCGCCACAGCGAGGAAGGUCGAGGAAAUGAUUCCCCAAUUGGAGGCUCUUAUACGGGAAGUCGACCAGGCAGAUAAAGAAUUCCAAUUCCAGAGGACGGAGAGAGAGGAGAAACGAAGGGCGCUGGAAAAGAGCACAAAAGCCUACGUCGAGCCCGACACUUUUUCCAAUCCUACCGCAACGGGCACGGCGAACAGUGGCCAAGGCGCAGAAUCUGAGCUGAGUCGGGCGGAUAGUACAGGAUCGCAGAUACGCAGCGUCAACAGCAACACGUCUUCCAUCUCGUCUCAAACGAAUAUGGCGUUCAGUCCUCCCGGUGGAGUCAACAUGACAACCACUGCCAACCCGGCCAAGUUCAAAGGUAUCCGUGACCUAGAGGAGCGGGAUGGGUCAUCUGUUGCCGGUUCUGAUAAGCUGGCGGGUCCUCAGAGGAAAGAGGGACUACUAUGGGCGCUAUCUCGACCGGGAUCUCACAUCGAUCCCAAAGGGAUUAAUAAGCAGGCGUGGCAUAAAUUUUGGAUCGUUCUAGAUCAGGGGAAACUCUCCGAAUACAGCAACUGGAAACAGAAGCUGGAUCUGCACAUGGACCCUAUCGACUUGCGAAUGGCGUCUGUUCGAGAAGCCAGAAAUGCCGAACGUCGGUUUUGCUUCGAGGUUAUCACCCCUCAAUUCAAGCGCAUCUACCAGGCAACUUCCGAGGAGGACAUGAGCAACUGGAUCACGGCGAUCAACAAUGCGUUGCAGAGCGCGGUAGAAGGUCGCAAUGCCCCGCCACCCGCAGUGCAUAACGACAACACUCCGAUGCGAGAUAUCGGGUCGGUCCUAACGGGAAAAAGCUCUUCCUACUCCGGUCAGCACUCUCAUUCCACCUCAUCAAACGCCAGCAGCGUGAAUCGUCGGACGACAGUCGGUGCGCGGCCCAUGUAUAGCCGCGGUGAAAACAACAGUUUUGAGGAGAACCCGGCCAAGCUGCUGCAGAUGAUCCGCGAUGCGGACCAGGGCAACAAAUGGUGCGCUGACUGUGGAUCGACGGUUAAAGUCGAGUGGGUUUCUAUUAAUCUGGGGAUCGUGUUAUGCAUCGAGUGCAGUGGCAUCCACCGGUCGCUAGGGACCCACAUCUCCAAGGUGCGUUCCUUGACGCUGGAUGUCAAUUCAUUCUCCAGCGAUAUCGUAGAGAUCCUCCUUCAGAUCGGCAACCGAGUCAGCAACAUGGUGUGGGAGGCGACCCUGGAUCAAUCUCAGAAACCCCUACCGCAGUCGACGCGCGAGCAGAGACUGAAAUUCAUCACCGCCAAAUACAGCGACCGGGCCUAUGUACAACCGUUGUCUCCUACAAAGUCGCACUAUACCACCCCCGAUGAAACCCUCCUGGCGUCCAUCAAGAAGAACGAUAUCCAGGGCGUCCUGUACGGGAUCGCGUUGCGGGCGAAUGUCAAUGUGACGGAUCGGUCUCGAAACACCCACGCCGUCUUUCUGGCUCUUGCUGCGGCCGACCCUGCCAGUCCUGGAUCGACGGCCACAGGCUCCAAUGGUCCCGCCAAAGUCAUCCCGUUCCCCAUUGCUGAACUUCUCGUCCAGAAUGGAGCGGAGAUCCCAUCUCAGCCUCCGCCGAUCCCGUUGUCGCCUGCCGCUCAGCUUUAUUUGAGUCAACGAACGGCGGUCGUGUCGGGUGGCUAUGCCACUCCGGCUGCAUCAUCGACGGGCAAGUCCUCGAACGACACUCUCACAUCACUUCCUUCGAUCCGAGGCAAUUCGGGUACGGAGACAUCGGGGACACACUCUGCAGCGCAUGCUCUUGCUCCCUUGGACAACAAGGAGCGCGAGAAGCUUCAGAAGAGGGGCAGUGCUGGCGCGAGAUUUGCUGGCAAAGUUGCGUCCCUUGGGGUUGAUAGAUAA